CCACACCUCCUGUGUUUGGUGUAUUUUCCAAAUUUGAAACCUGAACCAACUUCUUAACUCCUAGACAGAAAGUCCGUCUUUUUCAAACGUUAAAUUCUUGUUCUCGUGGUGCCGCAGACAUGGAGGGUUCGUCCUCACGUGUCUCUGCCUCGCUCCCGGACGGUGCGCUGCGGAAGGCGACCAGGAGAGACUCCAGCGGGGAUGCAGAAACUGACCCUGGCCGGGACAUGAAAACACACUUUCGAGUCUGUCGCUUCAUCAUGGAGACAGGAGUGAAGCUCGGGAUGCGCUCGGUGCCCGUCGCCACAGCCUGCGUGUUGUACCACCGCUUCUUCGAGCGAGCCAGCGUCCGAGCAUACGAACCCUACCUGGUGGCCAUGAGCUGUGUUUACCUGGCUGGGAAGGUGGAGGAGCAGCACAUCAGGACCCGGGACAUCAUCAACGUGAGCCACAGUCAGUAUUUGCUCCACUACCUGCUGUCGGUGAAGUCGCUGGUGAACAGACACGCUUGGUCUCGAACCCCCGUGGCUGAGACUUCCUGGGCGUUGCUGAGAGACUGUUACCACGGAGCGAUGUGCAUCCGCCACACACCCCAACACGUCGCCAUAGCAACCCUGUACCUGGCUCUGAACAGCUACGGAGUGGAGCUUCCUGUCGGAGAGAGAGAGUGGUGGCAGGUGCUGUGUGAGGACGUGACCAAAGCCGACAUCGACGCCGUGAUCUCAGACCUUCUGCAGCUCUACGACAUGGAGGCCAAGUGCAUCUGAAGGACACGACACCGGCACAUGACGCUGUUUGAGCUGCGUUUGUGCGUCACGGACGUGAUCGCAUGUUAUUCUGCGCAAUCCGGUGUCAAGGUUCAGGUGCGUUUUCGUGAGGCAGGAGAACACUUUGCGUUGCCCCAGUUAGUCUGUGAGCUGUGACAGAAACACACCUGCAGUACUGAUUCCUGCCGCCGCGGGGAGACAUUUCUCGCCCCGUCUGGUCUCUGAUCUCUCGGCGCUGCAGAAUACUGAUGUGCUCUGAAAUACAGCAUCAGCACCAGAAACAUCCCAGCCUUCAGCAGCAGUGAUCCAUUCACCCUCCACAUAUCACACGCCUAAACUAAGAAGUACUAAUGUGACGAUUCGAUGGGGAGAUCCAAAAUGAAUCCUCCAGUUAUUAUCAAGAAUUACAACGAAUCCAUAAAAAUGCAUGGAAAUGGUGACCUCAGUUAUUAUUGAAUGGCGUUGUUCUAACAUAUUUCUGCAUUGGGAUAAUAGUAGACAGUCCUAAACAUGUAGUUAAGCUUAAGUCUUAUCAGAAUCCAGAGCACCUCACUGCAUACAUCUGCAUAUUAACAAGGACAAUUGGAUUUUCCACACUGGAUGCCAUCAUAGAUUCUUCAUUUUGAAGCGCAACUCAUCCUGUAUAUUUUACUAAAAUUGAUAUUUACAUGUGAAUGCAUUAAUUGGCUAACCGACCUCGUCAAAUGCAGCGGUAAUAUGUCAUGAUUUGAGCAGGAUAUUUAGCAGCAUAAAUGCUACUACGUCGUUUUCCUUCUGUGUUUUUGCAGCGCUCCCAUUUCCAGAGAUACUUCCAUGAAUUAAUUUGAAGGUAGUUAUUUUAUUUUGCUUUUAUGAAGUGGAUGAGAAAUAUGUGGGGGCCUCUUCUGCUGCUAAAAUGACAAUAUAGUUUUAAUGUGCGUGGUGAAUUUUUUAAAAUGAGACUGUCCUCCUCUGUUUCUGGGAUUAUUUCUGGUAAUAUUUCACAUGUUCUCCCCCUAAUUUAACCUCAUAAAAAGACCAAAGCCAACUAUGACUUGAUAAUAUGUACUAAAUAAUAUAUUCUGUGUAUUUAAACUGGAUAUAUCUCAGUCCUUAGAGCCAUAGAGCUCCAAAAACUAUUAAAUCCACAUCAGAGAGUCUCAGUGUUGCAUGACUAUGAACACAAACACUGUCCUGCUGCCACAAAACUAAUCAGAUCAUCAGGUUUAUAUUAAAUAGUCCCCAACUAAUUUACUAUUUCAUCCUGUUUGACUAACAUCCUCUAAAAACUAUAGCUGUUUGGAGCCUAUCUAGCCUUUUUAAACUACUCGUAUAGCACAUAUUUAAGAUGUGUAAACUUGGUAGAAACCAGUGAAUUUGGAGGUUCUAGGAGACGAACGAACUCACUGUUGGUCGGUACGGGAAAACAAAGUUAAAAUCCAGACAUCCCAAACCAGUGCAUUGGCUGUAGAGGCACCAUAUAAUAGUCAAUGUGAUGUUUUUAAUAUUGUCCACUGUGAUCUUCUUUUGUGUCCCAAGUUGUGUUUGUGUAGUAGUUUUUAUUUUCUUGUGUGUAACGGGAGGAGUGGUGUGAAAAAGAUGGUUUAUUUUUAUAUCUACAAGCCAAAUGUACAGUUCAACUGCUGUGCCUCAGUUUUACUAUAAUUAAAAAAAAUACAUAAAUCAACAUUCACAAUAAAAGGAAAGUCCAAGGACUGUGAAACACUG